AUGCGAUCAAAAAUUGUAGAUUCACAAUUGGAAAAUACCAAGGUAUGAUUUGGCAAAGUUUUAUUUAGUGACUGAAUUUUAUGAAAAAACCUGAGAAUACAUUUUAUCUCUAAAAAAUCAACAUCUCAUCCCAGAAAUGUGUUGUCCAAAAAUUAGUUGAUUUGAUCAAAGUUACGUGAGAUAGCCUAACUCUUGCUCAUCGCAAAAAAGUUAUCUCUUGAUUUUUUGAUUGAUUUCCCUGCCUCUCAAGAAACCCAAGUUUUCUUUUUCAUCAUUUUUUUUGUCUGGUGUAAAAUCAUGGCUUUUAGAUAUUUUUAUUUAUUGGAAAAUCAGAUCAGAAAUUUUAUUUGAAAUGUGACUGCAUUUUUUGUUGAAGUCGGACUAUAUUUCAUUUCGUAUUAAAAUGGUCUAUUUCGGGGCCUAAAUAUGGCUCAAAUUUUACAAGAAUCUGAUUUUUGGGUCCCUAUUCAGAAUUCUUUUUCAACCAUAAUCCAACAUUUCAAUUUCAGAUGCACACAAAACCCGGAUUUUUCCGGCGCCAAUGGCGAAAAGUAAAAAAUGAUUUUUCGGCCACACUUUUGGCACAAUAUCGACGAUGUGUAGUUCGAAUGAAAAAAUGUCUACUGGACAACAAUAACACCGAAGUUGAAUCGCAACGACGAAAAAGUCAGGCAAAGUUGCAUCCAUUACCAGGUGAGCCAAGAUUUCUGAACUUUUCCUCAAAAAAAGUUUUAUUGUCCACUUUCACAAUAAAACAAUUGAGGGUAAUUAAAGUUAUACGAAAACAAGCGCCGAAAAGACAGCUGCCAUCACAUUUUCUCUUUCUACAAAAUUUUUUGAUGGAAAUUUUCGAUAGAGGAACUUUUCUAGAAGCCACGUGGAAUUUAAGUGGAAAUUGAGAAGUUACUGUUCCAAAAUUAACGUAGAGUAGAAUAACCUUAUUCAGUGGCCUAGACGCCUAAUACUUAUAAACUCAGGCCUUAGCCUUCAAAAAAGGUUCCUGAUAAGUUCAAAACAUCAGCUGAUUCGCGAGUGAUAAAAAAAAAUCACAUUGCAAUUGCACUUCCUGUUUUUCGCUCUGAUUCACCUCUGUAGUUUUUUUUUUGCAACCCACUCAACAAAGAUUACGAAACAGCAAAAAAAUCUUCAAUGAAACAUUUUUACGUCAUAAAACUAGAAACACAUGUUGUUUUGUUCCAGAUCGUCCCUUACGCCGAGUCGCAUCAAAACUAAACCGAAAACCAACGAAUGAAAUAGAAAGACUUCGUAAAAAAGGCGAUGAUUGGACUGCAAAUGAUCUUUUCAAAUUUCAAUAUUCUGAUCCGGAAGAGGGAACACCGGAAGCAAGAAAACAAUUAUGUUACGAUUGGCUUGAUCGAUUGCACGAUAUUUCCAAAAAAUAUUGUUAUCUUGCAUGGUACGUUUUUAAAUACAUAUAUUUACAGGAAGAUGUUCUUUAUGACUACGAUGAAGAAUACUUUUCAUCGUGAGCACAAAAAAAAUCAUGCAAAGUGUAAUAAAGUGUGGUGUGUUAUUUUUAGUAACAAUUGUCACUUCUACCAUAUGUUUUUUUUCGAAAUUGAUUGAUUUUCGAUUGAAAUGUCAAGAUAUUCAGUCUCAUAGAACUCUAAGGGCUGAAAAAUUAGAAGCUUUUUAGCUCCAGGGAUGAUGAUAACGUGUUAGCUACUAAUUUAUCUGCCAUCAUGAUCAGAGCGUUGAGAAACAGAAAGCCAAGCCCUCAAUAUUAUUAAUGAGAAUAUUUUCUUUCAGGUAUGAAGCUGCAAUAUAUGCUUGUUACUAUCGCCUAGCGCCAAUUUUACUCGAUCCAGUGGAAAAACAACGAAUCUGGCAGGAUGUAAAACAUGAAUAUGCCGAGAUUUUUAUGAUGGGAAGAAGAAUUUGGAGAAGAGCGAUUCACCCGAGCAGACUCCGUGUCUUCUAUGAUUUAGCUAUGUUAUGCGUACGAUUUGGAGAUGUUGAGAAAGAUGAUACAAUUCCUCUCUUCAAGCAUUUGAUGUCGGAUUCGACGAACUUUGAUUUCAAAGUGUUGACAGAAACUGAAUUUAUCAAAUCGUUGGACAAAGUUUUGAAGCUGGAAAACUAUGUGAUCGAUCAAUUUUACAAACGACGAAGAUCUUCUGGAUCAAUUAGAUCAUCUUUCCGAUCUCGAAGAAAUACAGAUUGUUCACCAUCGAGACAUUCAACAACAUCAUCGCAUCAAAUCACUCGAACACCAUCCGAUCGAACAAACCCAGAUCAGGACGAUGAUUUGUGCAGUCUGACUGAAUCUUUGAAUCAAGUUUCGAUAAGUCUACCAGCAACAACAGCUCCAGUUUUACAAGAGAAGGUGGCGCUCACAAUUCCAACUAUUGUUAUUGAGGGACCACGACCUAGUUCACCUCGACUUGUACAUUUCGAUGAUGAUCAAGAAAAUCGAGAAGAAAAAGAAGAAGUUUCGACAGAAGAAUAA